AUGUCGCGCCACGCCCAGAUCGAGGAGCUGUCCGACUCCGACCCCGAUGAGGUCGCUCCCUAUGAUGACACCCCGCUGACUGGAAACAACAUUAUUGCGCCCGUGUCCGUCCCUGCAGCAGCUCCUCGUCCAUCGAAUCCUCCUCCCAUGGCCCAGGCUCAGGCCCAGGCUCCGAUGCCUGAGCCGCAGCGCGAAAUCCCCCGACACUUCCAAUGCCUCUACCCCGUCUACUUCGAUAAAACCCGCUCUCGCGCAGAGGGCCGCAAGGUCGGCGCUGACUUGGCUGUGGAGAACCCGCUCGCUCGUGACAUUGUCGACGCCGUACAGAUGCUGGGAUUAAAGGCUGGAUUGGAACCUGAAAAGCUACACCCUAAGGACUGGGCCAAUCCCGGGCGUGUGCGUGUGAUGCUCAAGGAUGAGAAUGGAAAAUUGGUGAACUCCAAAAUCAAGAAUAAGCAUCAUCUUUUCAUCCUCGUCGCCGAAUACUUGAAAGCCCACCCCACCACCGAACAAUCGCCUUACCGGUUACGAAUUCGCGGACUCCCUAUGCCCGAAAAGCUCCCAGAAGCUCCUCCUGCCCCGCGCGGCUGGAAGAUUGGCAAAAUUCUACCAAUCCAUUCUCCGGCGUACAGCGGCGGCGGUGUCAGCGACAACCCGUUCAAAGAGGCCAUGGCUGAGAUGCAGAACAUGGGAGGAAUGCCCGGUAUGCCGCAGAUUCCUGGCAUGCCUGGAAUUCCGGGGUUGGGCGGCGAGCCCUCCGGAGCAGGAACGGAGAAGAAGAAGAAGGACAAGAAGAAGGGUAAAUGA